CGCUGGCCCAAUAUCUUCAGAGGGCUGCGCCGGUUUGUUGUUGCGCACUGCUGGCGACCCCGCAGAACCCACCGUAAAUCGUUUUCUAUGUGAAAGGCCGUAACGCAGCUGGCAGCCUGUCAGACUUGAGAAGAUGUGUGAUUUGAAGGAAGAGGGGAACAGUGCAGAGUCUCCAACAUCCUCCGGUCUGUCUAUGAAGAGUGACUGGUCUAUAGAAAAACCUCCAGACUUGAGUAAAGAACCUGGACCCUCAGAAACAAAUUGGAGAGUGGAGCCUUCAGUAUCCAGCUUUCAGUCCACGGUGAGUGACUGCUCCAGACAGUCACCUCCGAACUUCAGUAAUGAACCUGGACCCUCAGAAACAAAGUGGAGAGCGGAGCCUUUAGGAUCCAGCUUUCAGUCCACGGUGAGUGACUGCUCCAGACAGUCACCUCCGAACUUCAGUAAUGAACCUGGACCCUCAGAAACAAAGUGGAGAGCGGAGCCUUUAGGAUCCAGCUUUCAGUCCACGGUGAGUGACUGCUCCAGACAGUCACCUCCGAACUUCAGUAAUGAACCUGGACCCUCAGAAACAAAGUGGAGAGCGGAGCCUUUAGGAUCCAGCUUUCAGUCCACGGUGAGUGACUGCUCCAGACAGUCACCUCCGAACUUCAGUAAUGAACCUGGACCCUCAGAAACAAAGUGGAGAGCGGAGCCUUUAGGAUCCAGCUUUCAGUCCACAGUGAGUGACUGCUCCAGACAGUCACCUCCGAACUUCAGUAAUGAACCUGGACCCUCAGACAAAAGGAGUCAUGUGAGACGGUUUCUACUAGAGGAGGCGACGAGGAGUCCUGUUUCUGUGGAGGAGCAGCCGUCCUGCUGUGCUUUGUGUCAGGACGUCCUGAAGGAUCCAGUCUCUACCGGCUGUGGACACUGGGUCUGCAGACAGUGCAUCACCUCAUACUGGGACCAGUCUGCUUCACCAGGAGACUCCUCCUGUCCCCUUUGUGGAGAAAGAUCAAGAGCUGGACUGCAGACAGCCGGUCAGAGCAGCUCUGUACAAAUGAGUCUUGGUCUGCAGCAAGUUAUAGAUGAACAUAAGGUCAAUGUGAGGAGGAGAUGUGAACGUGUGACUGAAGGAACUGAAGAAACAGGAAGUGGAACCCUCCUCAACAGGAUCUACACUGAGCUCUACAUCACAGAGGGACAGAGUGAAGAGGUUAAUACCCAACAUGAGGUGAGGCAGCUUGAGACAGCUUCCAAGAAGAAACCCCUCCAUGAAACUCCAAUCAAGUGCCACGACAUCUUUAAAGCCUUACCUGACCAACAGAGACCCAUCAGAGUGGUUCUGACCAACGGCGUCGCUGGUGUUGGAAAAACCUUCAUAGUGCAGAAGUUCACUCUGGACUGGGCAGAGGGCUUGAAAAACCAAGAUGUCAGUCUGCUGGUUCUGCUUUCAUUCAGGGAGCUGAACUUGAUCAAAGAUGAGCAGCACAGUCUUCUCACGCUGCUCCAUGUUUUCCAUCCAACAUUACAGAAGGUCCCAGCAGAGAAGCUCGCUGUCUGUAAACUGUUGUUCAUCUUUGACGGCCUGGAUGAAAGCAGACUUUCAUUAGAUUUCCACAACAGUGAGGUUGUGUCUGAUGUCACACAGAAGUCAUCAGUCAACCUGCUGCUGACAAACCUCAUCGAGGGGAAUCUGCUUCCCUCGGCUCUCGUCUGGAUAACUUCCCGACCAGCAGCAGCCAAUCAGAUCCCUCCUUCAUGUGUUGACAGGGUAACAGAAGUACGAGGCUUCACUGACGCCCAGAAGGAGGAGUACUUCAGGAGGAGAGUCAGUGAUGAAGAGCUGUCCAGCAGAAUCAUCUCACACAUCAAGACCUCCAGGAGCCUCCACAUCAUGUGUCUAAUCCCAGUCUUCUGCUGGAUCACUGCUACGGUUCUGGAGCACAUGUUGACUACAGACCAGAGAGGAGAGCUGCCCAAGACCCUGACUGACCUGUACUCACACUUCCUGCUGGUUCAGACAAAGAGGAAGAAGCAGAAGUACGAUGAGGGACAUAAGACCAGUCCAAAGGAGCUAAUGGAGGCUGACAGGAAGGUUCUUCUGCAGCUGGGGAGGCUGGCGUUUGAACAUCUGGAGAAAGGAAAAAUCAUGUUCUACCAAGAAGACCUGGAGCAGUGUGGUCUUGAUGUCACAGAGGCCUCAGUGUACUCAGGAGUUUGUACAGAGAUCUUCAAAAGAGAGAGUGUGAUCUUCCAGAAAACAGUCUACUGCUUUGUUCAUCUGAGCGUUCAGGAGUUUCUGGCUGCAGUUUACAUGUUUCACUGUUACACCAACAACAACACAAAGAUACUGGAGGACUUCCUGGGAAAAGGCUGGGACAGACAGAAAAUGUGUUUUGUAAAAUAUGAUAGUCGUUAUCCAUCCCUGGAUGAUUUCCUGAUGAAAGCAAUAAUGAAAUCCCUUGAAAGUAAAACUGGCCACCUGGACCUGUUUGUUCGCUUCCUUCAUGGCCUCUCUUUGGAGUCCAACCAGAGACUCUUAGGAGGCCUGCUGGGUCGGACAGACAACAGUCCAGAAAUCAUCCAGAAAGCCAUCGACAACCUGAGGAAGAUGAACACAAAAACCUCUCCCGACAGAAGCAUCAACAUCUUCCACUGUCUGAUAGAGAUGAACGAUCACUCAGUACAUCAGGAGAUCCAAGAGUUCCUGAAGUCAGAGAACAGAUCAGAGAAGAAACUCUCUGUGAUCCACUGCUCAGCUCUGGCCUACAUGCUGCAGAUGUCAGAGGAGGUUCUGGAUGAGUUGGACCUGAAGAAAUACAACACAUCAGAGGAAGGAAGACAGAGACUGAUUCCAGCAGUGAGGAACUGCAGAAAGGCUCAACUUUCCUACUGUGGACUCUUAGAGACUCACUGUGAUGUUGUGGCUUCAGCUAUGAUGUCCAACCCCUCCCAUCUGAGAGAGCUGGACCUAAGUGACAACAACCUGCAGGAUUCAGGAGUGAAGCUGCUGUCUGCUGGACUGUUAAGUCCGCAGUGUAGACUGCAGACUCUGAGAUUGAGUUACUGCAGUUUGUCAGAGAUCAGCUGUGCUUCUCUGGCCUCGGCUCUGAAGUCCAACCCCUCCCAUCUGAGAGAACUGGAGCUGAGUCACAACAAGCUGCAGGAUUCAGGAGUGAAGCUGCUAUUUGAAUAUCUGGAGAGUCCACAUUGUAGACUGGAGAUUCUGAGAUUGAGUGACUGCAGUUUGUCAGAGAUCAGCUGUGCUUCUCUGGCCUCAGCUCUGAAGUCCAACCCCUGCCAUCUGAGAGAGCUGGAGCUGAGUCACAACAAGCUGCAGGAUUCAGGAGUGAAGCUGCUGUGUGAUUUUCUGGAGAGUCCACGCUGUAAACUGGAGACGCUGAGAUUGUUGGACUGCAGUUUGUCAGAGAUCAGCUGUUCUUCUCUGGCCUCAGCUCUGAAGUCCAACCCCUCCCAUCUGAGAGAGUUGGAGCUGAGUCACAACAAGCUGCAAGAUUCAGGAGUGGAGCAGCUGUGUGAUUUUCUGGAGAGUCCAUACUGUAGAUUGGAGAUUCUGAGAUUGUUGGACUGCAGUUUGUCAGAGAUCAGCUGUGCUUCUCUGGCCUCAGCUCUGAAGUCCAACCCCUCCCAUCUGAGAGAGCUGGAGCUGAACUCCAACGAGCUGCAGGAUUCAGGAGUGAAGCAGCUGUGUGAUUUUCUGGAGAGUCCACACUGUAGACUGGAGACUCUGGGAUUGUGGCGCUGCAGUUUGUCAGAGAUCAGCUGUGCUUCUCUGGCCUCAGCUCUGAAGUCCAACCCCUCCCAUCUGAGAGAGCUGGACCUGAGUCACAACAAGCUGAAGGAUUCAGGAGUGAAGCAGCUGUGUGAUUUUCUGGAGAGUCCACACUGUAGACUGGAGACUCUGAGAUUGAAUUUCUGCAGUUUGUCAGAGAUCAGCUGUGCUUCUCUGGCCUCAGCUCUGAAGUCCAACCCCUCCCAUCUGAGAGAGCUGCAGCUGUGGGGAAACAACCUGCAGGAAUCAGGAGUGAAGUUGCUGUCUGAUCUUGUGGAGAGUCCACACUGUAGACUGGAGACUCUGAGAUGGAAGUGGUGAUCUCUGUUAGAGAGUGAGUGAUGAGAAAGGUGGUGGUGUUGAGAGAGGAUCAGCUGUGUCCUGAUGAUCCAGAGAGGUUGAAGCAGCAGCAUCAGCUUGUGUGUGGAGAGGCUCUGACUGGGCCAUGUUACUGGGAGGUAGAGUGGAGAGGAGAGCUUCAUCCAGCAGUGACUGAGAGGAAUCACAACAGUGACAGUAGAGCUGAUCUCAGAGCAGUUCAGACUGCAGCAGACACAAAGUCAAGUCCACCAUCAUCCUUGUGUGUUCCUCUGGAUGUGACAGAGUAUCAUCAGUGUAUCUGGACUGCUCUGCUGCUGCUCUGUCCUUCUACACAGUCUCUGCAGACACACUGAGACUCCUCUACUCCUUCUGCUCCACAGAGCCACCUCCUCCACCUGGACCUGGACGUGGACUCUAUUUCAAUUCAGAUAUUCUGAACCCAAAGUGCCUCUGCAGAUUAGUUAUGUUUAUGACAACGUAACUGCAGAUUAACACUUAUUUAAAUAUU